AUGUCGCAACGCGGGCGCAAGAGAUCGCAGCGCGAGGAUUCUGAGGAGGAAGAUGGGGUGGAGUUGGAACACAUCCAAAAGAAGAAAACAGUACGGCGCCGCAAGAAGACUGACGCGGACGACGAAGAGGGAGACCACAAGGCCACACGCUGGGAGAGCCUUUCUCGCGAGCAACGGGAGAAGUUGGUGGGGGAUGUGAUGCGAUUGGCCCUCUUCCUCGACCACAAAAAGCACCCUCUCAAGCGAGCGGACGUGACCGCAAAGGUUCUGCCGGGCCACAAAGGCAGCCAACUCACCUCGCACCUCAUAGCUGAGGCUCAGAAGAAGUUCAAGUACAUCUUUGGGUACGAGCUGGCUGAAGUGCCGCGAGUGAAAGCAGAUGCCUCAGACACGGGAAAGGGCGGGACUGGCGUGUACAUCCUGAAGAACGUCUAUCCAAAAGAAGCGAAGCAAGUACUGAGCAGUGUCAUCACCAAUCAAGGACUUGCGAAUCAAACUGCGCUGUUGCACACCAUACUGGCGAUGAUCACCCUGUCCGACGGAGUGCUUGAAUCAGAAUUGCUGUUCACCAGCCUCAAGAAGCUCGGGCUCGACGAAGAUCACCCCGACCCAGUUCUGGGCGACUGGAAAAAGCUCAUCGACUAUUUCGUCAAGGAAAUGUACAUUCACCGGCAGAAGAUCACGGGAAGGGUCAGCGCAAGUGGGGCUGUGAUCAGCGAAUACCGCUGGGGCGGACGCGCCCUGCUGGAGGUGGACAAGAUUGAGAUCAUGCGGCAUGUGGCGGCGAUGUUUGGGGAGCCGCUUGAUCCGCUGAUCGUGCAGGAGAUGGAGAAGGCAAUGCAGCAGAGGAUGCAGAAAGCUGCCAACAGCGCUGCUGAAGGCUCGAGUGAGGCGUCUGGCUCACAGACAAGCGCAGCAGCACCGAAACGGCCUGCCGCCGCCAGAGGCAAAGCCAGAAGAGAGGCCGACUGA